CCGGUCCGCAUGGCGGGGGGUGGGGGGCGUGGGCUCCAAAGCCGAGGCCGGUAGGGGGUGAGGGGGCGGGACCGAACGACCCGACCCCCCACCCCGGCCCGCCCCGACCGCCGGGGUUCGGGGAGGAGUGAGCCAGCGAGGCGGCCGAUCCGGUAGCUCCUCCAAGCGGGGGUGGGGGGAGAACGGCCGGCGCUCCCCGGAGGCGCAGGGUUAAGCCCUUCCGUGGUGUGGGCUCCUCGGCUCCGCUGUGUCCCCCGGGCGCUGGCGGCGGCCUCCCUCCGGCGCUCCCCGGGCCGCCGCGGAGCCUGCGCGGCCGUGUGGGCGUCUAUCUCCGCGGCGCACCGACGCCCCCACCCUCGCCGCCGCGGAGCGCUCGGGUUGGGCGCAGAUAAGGACGCUGCUGGGGCUCGCGCGCGGCCCGCGGGACCUCCGGCUCGGAUCCCUCUUGCUGUCUCCAACGCGGGGCUGCCGCGGUAUUCCGGCGAGCGUGGCUGGGUGGCCGCGGCGGGCGGGGAGUCGCGGCGCCCUCCGAGAGCAUUUGGGAGCAUUUGGGUUCUGGUUUUGAUGAUGACCUGCAGCACAGUUGCCUUUUUUCCUGGUGGCAGAUAGCGGAUGACAGAGCGACACAAGUUUGAUGUUUGUGUCUGCUUCCUCAAGGUCAAGAAAUUAUCUCCUUAGAAGGCAGCGGUACUAUGCAUGUUAUGAAUUGUGUCUCCUUGGUCAGUGAUAAAGAAAAUGGGACUAUCACCACAGCAGCUGGAUUCAUGAUUGGGCAGACGCCACCUCCAGCAUCUCCUCUACCUCCUCCUCCACCCCCCCCACCUCCGCCAUGUCCACAUUUGGGGGAAGGGUUUCCUCCCUCUCCUCCUCCGCCCCUACCACCUCCACUACCUGGGGGGCCUCCUGUCCCACCUCCCCCUCCAGGACCACCUCCAGCUUCUCACGUGAAUGGCUACAGCCACCUUGGUAAGAAAAAGCGGAUGAGAAGCUUUUUUUGGAAAACCAUUCCAGAGGAGCAAGUUCGUGGCAAAACCAACAUCUGGACCCUGGCAGCCAGUCAGCAGCAUUGCUACCAAAUUGAUACAAAGACUAUCGAGGAGCUCUUUGGGCAGCAAGAAGACCCCAGCAAGUCUUCCCUUCCUAGGAGAGGAGGAACUUUAAACUCAUCCUUCAGGGAUACUCGAGAAGAGAUUACUAUCUUGGAUGCGAAACGGAGCAUGAACAUUGGGAUAUUUCUUAAACAAUUCAAGAAGUCUCCUCAGUCCAUUGUAGAAGAUAUUCAUCAAGGAAAGACUGAGCAUUAUGGAUCAGAGACAUUGCGAGAAUUUCUUAAGUUUUUGCCAGAGUCUGAAGAGGUAAAGAAAUUAAAAACGUUUAGUGGAGAUGUGUCCAAGCUGUCCCUGGCUGACUCCUUUUUGCACUGCUUAAUUCAGGUGCCAAACUAUUCACUUCGGAUUGAAGCCAUGGUGCUGAAGAAGGAAUUUUUACCUUCUUGUUCUUCUCUAUACACAGAUAUAACAAUUUUAAGAACUGCUAUAAAAGAGCUGAUGUCCUGUGAGGAGCUACAUUCGAUAUUGCACUUGGUGCUCCAGGCUGGGAAUAUCAUGAAUGCAGGAGGGUAUGCUGGCAAUGCAGUAGGAUUUAAACUGUCUUCUUUGCUCAAAUUGGCAGACACAAAAGCAAAUAAACCUGGGAUGGAUCUUCUGCACUUUGUUGCACAGGAAGCCCAAAAGAAAGAUGCCAUUCUUCUAAAGUUUUCAGAAAAAUUACAUCAUGUUCAGGAGGCUGCUAGAUUAUCUCUGGAUAACACAGAGGCAGAGUUGCACUCACUGUUUGUCAAGACGAGAUCACUAAAGGAAAACAUCCAGUGGGAUGGUGAACUCUGUCAGCAGAUGGAAGAUUUCCUUCAGUUUGCCAUAGAGAAGCUGACAGAACUGGAAGACUGGAAGCGAGAACUCCAGAAUGAGGCCCACACCCUUAUAGAUUUUUUCUGUGAAGACAAAGAAACCAUGAAACUGGAUGAAUGUUUGCAGAUAUUUAGAGACUUCUGUACCAAAUUCAACAAAGCAGUUAAGGACAACCACGACCGUGCGGUCCAGGAGCUGAGGCAGCUGCAGCGGCUGAAGGAGUUGGAGCAGAAGCGGCGCUCCUGGGCAGUCGGGGAGCUUGGGGGGUUUGGCCGGAGCAGCAGUGAGAACGAUGUGCUGCUGCUGACCCAGAAGGGUGCAGAAGACCUGCCCCCUUUCCUGCACCCCAGGCCCAUCAGCCCCUCGUAUCGGCCCCCCAACUCCCGCCGCUCGCGCCUCUCCCUGGGCGUCUCCGCCGACCGGGAACUACUGACCUUCUUGGAGAGCUCCACCAGCAGCCCCGAGGAGUCCAACAGGUUCAACAGCCUGCCCCGGAGCAGCAGCUCCUGGCAGAACCGGCCCACGGUAGCCUGGAUGGAGCCUGCGGAGCCGAGGGACCGCAACUCCGACUUUGUGCGCAAACCUCAGGCCUCGGAGGGCCGGGAGGAAGCCCCACUUACCGCUGCCCAGCGUGAGGAGGCCUCCUGGGCCUCCCCGCGGGCUCUGCGCGGGAGUCACAGCCUCCUUCGAAAGAGGUACAGUGAGCCUGUGGGCUUGGGUCAGGCUCGGUCCCCUCCGCUCCCCCCGCUGGCUCUGGGGAUCAAGGAGCACGAGCUGGUGACUGGGCUGGCCCAGUUCAAUUUCCAGGGUCCCAAGAUCCCGGAGGAGACGUCCCGGCUGACCUCGAAUGACUCCAGCCCAGAGGAGAUAGGGUCUCCGGAGAAAGAGCGCCCCCAGCCCCUCGGUGCCGGCCACCAGGGCGCUCUCAGCGUGGCCCCUGAGGAGCCCGGCGAUGCGGCCCUGGGGUCUGCGGGUAGCGGCGACACUGAGAACAAGGAUCCUGGGCCUCUGUUCUACCUGUCGGACACCACAGACUGCUCGCUAACCCUGGACUGCUCAGAGGGGACCGACCCCAGAGCCGCGGCGGGGGAGCGAGAGGGAGGAGGCGAAGGGGACGGUUCGGUGUCCUCCGGGGCCGCGGAGAACGGCGGCAGCCAGGUGUCCUCCCGCGCAGCCUCCACCCCCGCUCCGGAGGCUCCUGAUCCGCUCUCGGUGAAGAGCGAGCCCAGCUGCAAGGGUGGCCUUCCCAGGGACAGCCCCGCCAAAGGCAAGGACAUUACGGCACCAAAGAGAAGCUCCCUACGAGAGGCGGCCGCGGGGGCCCCCAGGCCCGGUGGCGUCCGGCGGGGCCAGGCCCCGGCGCCCCGGCCGGUGCGGACGCUGACGGCGUCGGAAAGCGCGACCAUGCGCAAGGUCGUGCCGCUCUCCAAGGCCGGCCGGGCCGCGGGCGGCUGGAAGCGGCCGGAGCCGCAGGGUCGCGCGCCCCCCGGGGACGCCCCCGGCGGCACAGACACACUGUGGUCGCGCCGGAGCUCCGUGAGGGGCACCAAGGACACGUCGCCCAGGAGGCCCUCCGCGGGGACCCGGGCGGCCGCCGAGGAGCAGAGGUCACCGCGCGGGGGCAGCGCGGGGGGCGCCCGGCCCGGGAAGGAGCCGCCGCUGCUGCGCGGGGGGUCGCUCAGGAAGCCCAGCGCCAAGCCUCUCAGGAACGUCCCCAGGCCGAAGCCGGAGGAAGACAAGAUCUGCCGCUCCCACUCCCAGGACCGCGAAAGCCCCGAAGAACAGCCCAAGACGCCGCCCAUCCCCAGCGUCCCCCGGUUGCCGCCCCCUGUCCCGAGCUUUGCCCGAAACACCGUGGCCUCCUCAUCUCGGAGCCUGAGGACUGAUGCCCCUCCUGCGGCCAGAGCCCCCGGCAUCACUCGGACACUGUCGCAGAGGCAGCUGAGGGUGAAGGGUGGCCCCGAGGGCGCCACCCUCAAGGACAGCGGGACCCUGAAGCGGGCCAGCAGCGUCCGGGUCCCCAGGAAUUACCCGGAGCCUGCCGAGAGCCCCGGAGCCCACGCGGAGGCCUCUCCAAAAGGCAGAGGGGCUGGGGACAGGGCCUCCCUCAGACUGAAGGACUCCAAUCGGACCACUCUGGGGAAAAUCCUCAGUCCCUUGCGAAAAUGAAGGGUGCUUGUCCUGUCUCUGCCCCCGCUGGAACUCAAGGAUGGAAGCACUGACUUGGGUUGAGGGCGGGGAAGGCGCAUCCCGAAUGUCUUUGCUACACAUAGAGCAACCCACUGGGGCUGUCUGCUGACCCUCAGGUCACUGAGGGGACAGUCUGGGAAGCCUGGGGUCUGCAGCCUGCUCUGCCGACUGUGAGGCCAGCACCCCUCUCACACCCAGGGCCCUGACCCUAACUCCUUCCCUCAAGACAUGUAAGGUGACAGCAACAAGUUAAAAAAAAAUUUUUUUUCUAGCCAGUUUUUAUACUUAUUUUUUAAUAUUAUAAAAAUUAAAGGUUUUAGUCGGUUCCUUUUGCAGAUGAAAGAAAUGCCUGGGGGGGAAUAUAUAUAUAUAUCCUUAAUAUGAAGAUAUUUUUAUCACUCUGUGUUCUCUGGACUCAGGGUUUCACCUGCCCACACCCAGUCCAUUGCUGGCAACUGGACUUCUCCGAAAGCCCUUGUGUAUCCUGUAAUUGGCUCCACCUCCUUGAAGACUUUCUGGCUGUUCAUUCUCCUGGUGUGAUUCUGGGUGAGGGUUAGAGGGAAAGUUGGACUCAGGUGGACAGAAAGCAGAUGCCCAUGUGGGUGUCAUGGGCAAUGAGGCCCUGGAGCUGCAUGAUUGCAGGGCAAGCUCCCCUGCAGGUGGGCAGCAGCCUCAGUAGAAGGCUGGGUUCUGGGAAUGUAAAUGUGCCAUAUUUUAAUGGAACGGCAUCAGGAGGUUCAGCUGAGCACAUCUUUCCACUUGUGUUUCUCCAAUUGUGUAUCUGUUAUAAAACCAAAUGAAGGCUGCUAUGACCAGUGUUUACUCUAGUUACAGGGAAGAAUAACCCUCUGUCUCCCAGGCUGGCUGCUGCCUUUUAUCUCUCUUCACCUGGUCCCAGCCCUUCUUUUGUAAUGUGGUCUAGAGAGAGCCCUUCCCCACUCCUCAUCUUUUUAAUAUUGUCAUCUCUUUCUUAGUACAGUGGUUUUUAAGUCCUGAUAAAAACCAAAUCAGGUUAUUUUAUUAUUAUUUAAAGCAGACAAAAAAUAAAAGAAAAAAAUGCUUUCAGAAGAAUGUACAUCAUCAAUCAGGAAAAGUUUAGGGGGGAAAAUCAGGCUUCGCUUAAAAGAAAGGGUUUAAAAAUGUAUUUUUCUACGCAAUGCCCAUUUCACUACUUCUCUCUGAAGUAAAUUGGAAAAUGGGGAGGUACUUGCAAGAUUUUUGUUUUUUAAAACUUGCCCCUUGGGCGGCACCUGUGGCUCAAAGGAGUAAGGCUCUGGCCCCAUAUGCUGGAGGUGGUGGGUUCAAACCCAGCCCCGGCCAAAAACUGCAAAAAAGAAAAACAAAAAAACUUACCCCCUUGCCUAUUUUUCCCCACUUUGGGCUACUUAUUUGUGAAACCUCAUUAUAGAUCCAACAUUGAUAAGUGGAUGGACUUAGGCAAAUAAAAUGCACUUGUGGUGAAUCCGUUACAGUCUCCAUCCUAUAGAAUGUUACCUUUUGUCCAAAUUAAUUGGAAACUCUGAACUUCCGAAGUCAGCUAAGUUCUAAAGGUGAAUGUUAUGGUUGAAGAAGUAAGAUGCCUGACCACAACCUCUUGUAAAACCAGCCCUGGGUGGAAAUUUCCAAGGCUCUGCAAAGAUGCUUGUGGGAAUCCUGAGCUACUUCUCACAUCUCAAGACAUCGUGUGUUCAGCCAAGUAAACAAAGAUAUUUAAAACAUGGGUGGGCUGGAAAUGGAGAAAAGAGGUCAUAACGUUUGUGGACUGUGAAUAAUGGAGGGGUCAGGACCCCUUAGCGGGACCCUGACUCUCAGUUCCUGCCCUUUCACUUCUGUUUCCCAGUCUAUAGACCUGAGGCAUGAUGGUCUCUAAGAGUCCUUCCAACUCCAAGAAUCCAAGGCAGGUAAACAACCAAGGACCUGUCUCUGCCCUGGGUCAGCUUCUUACAAUGAACCUCAGGCAUCUCCAUACCAAAGGCCUCAUUUCAAGGACAGCUCAGAAAAAAGCACCUUUGGGAUGAGUUGUUGCUGUAAAAUUGAAUAAGCUGAGUUUCCUAGAAAGUGGUGCUUUAUUUAGCCCUGUGGACAACUUCAGUAUGCAUCUGUGUGAGCAGGUGAUCAUUCUAUUACCUUUUAUUGGUAGUAAGCUUGGAAAAAUAAUUUAAAUAUACGAUGGAGAAGUGUAAAUAGGUGUCAUGUAAAUUUGUUUCAGAUGAAAUGAAUGUAUUUAAAGGUCCAUUUAUAUGUUCUUUUACGUAACAUGUAGUUUAAUAAAUUCCUGUUUA